AAAAAAAAAAAAAAAUUAACUGACUGAAUGGAUUUUUAAAAAAAUUUUAAGUCAUGACUCGUAUCACGGAAACUUCAAGUCCAGUUCAUCUCAACGGUUGCGAUGCUAUCAAAGAAGCCGACAUUCCAACGACAAAUGGUAAGAUCUUCAAUGACACUGUUAAAGAAGAAGACAUACGAACGACAAAUGGUGGCUCGUCGGAAGGGGCAUCGGCGUGUCGUCGACGAGGGAAGUGCAAGUGGUUCAAUGUGGCCAAGGGCUGGGGGUUCAUCACGCCCACCGAUGGGGGCCCAGACGUCUUCGUUCACCAGUCCGUCAUCCAGAUGUCAGGAUUCCGGAGUCUGGGGGACGAGGAGGAGGUGGAAUUCGACUGCAAGGUGUCGGACAAGGGCCUCGAGGCCACCCUGGUCACGGGACCCGAGAACCAGGACUGCAAAGGCUCACACAGGCGGCCCGCAUCCAAGAAGAAGUUCCGGAAAAUCAGGUGCUACAACUGCGGCGAGUUCGCCAACCACAUUGCGGCCAAGUGCAGCCUGGGUCCUCAGCCGAAACGCUGCCACCACUGCAAAUCGUCUGACCACCUGAUCGCCGACUGCCCGCAGCGGGAAUCCAAGACCCCUCCCAAGACGAAUGGCGAGCCCCGGACCGAAUCGCCCAACUCCACAUCCACAUCCUCUUCGUCCUGUUCCGGAAAAGAAGAGGAACAGAACGGCAAAGACUGACGCGAUUCCGUCGAAAAAAGUGCAACAAACUCUAGUCCUCCAUUGGGGGUGCUGCUGCUCCAUGGACUCGCCACAUUGCAGAAAAGAAGACGAGCCUCAGAGCAGAUUGGACACCCUAUCUAAUAUCAAGAUGUAAAAAGAAAGAAAAAGCGCGUUUACAAACGAAAUAGCUUUGAAAGCGUUCACCAAAAGAGCUAAUCCACAGAAAAGCAGCUAUUUUCUCCCGCACAUGGCAGCUAAUAUACCUAACUAAAAUGAUCGUUUCUUUUUAAAUUAUAAAAUAAUUUAAAUUGAGCAUUACCUUUUAAAACUAUCACCAGGCGCCCCGUCGUUGGAGAACGAUGUUUUAAUAAAUCUCUCCGCUAAUUAAAGUCGUAAAAAAGCCAAACCUGCCUAAACAUGAUGUCCGAAAAAUUGCAAAUCUAUCGAUGCCUGGUUCGAUAGUGAAA